CCGGCAACGAACGCUCUAGCUGGGGCAGUGAAGAUGUUCCAGGAACAAAUAAUGUCGCCGUCUUCGAGCUACCCAGGAGUACUAGAAGGCAAUAGUCCUGAUGGACAGCAGAUUGCCCCCCAGGGUCAACCACUCUUCAUCCCACAAAGCAGUACGACUGGUGUUUCUACUGGUGGUUACUACAGUCCGCCAAUCCAAAAUCCAACAAUAGGGCCAAAUCCCUAUGCACCCGGAUCUGGAUUUCCGACACCUCCUUUAGACGCUUCAACUCAGCAACAACAGCAGCAGCAAUUCUAUCAGUCAUACUACAAUAAUCCUGGUGGAUCAUUCGGAUUCGGACAAGCACCAUAUGGUUUCUCUCCUGCGUGGUUUACUCCCAGCACUACGAUGAUGAACAACAAUCAGCCUGGAGGAGCUCAAAGUAGUUUUGUAGGACCUCAAAUCCCAGUCCUAACGCAGCAGCAGCAGCAGCAGCAACAGUUUAGCAAUGUUGUUGGCACUAGUGCACCAGCAAAUAACUACGACGCAGCACUUCAGCUUAGUAAAGUAACACAAGGUCUUCAACAAGGGCAAGGCAAGAUGAUAUCAGAAGCGGAGAGCAAAAGCAGUAUGGUUACUUCACCAAUCAAGGACGAAAAAGAUGCCUCUACCUCUGAGGGAGUAGUUGUAGUAAAGGACAAGCAAGAACAAGAAGAUAAGAAAGCAGCGACUCCUACUUCUAGUAGCGAAAAAGCCUCUGCAGUACGCCCCGCCGCCUCCAGCACGGGAAAGACAGCAAUUAAACCAGACUCAGAAUCAAGUAGUAGCGAAGAUAAUCGUGUUGUAAACAAGAAUGACGUUCAGCACCAGCAACAAAAUAAACCCCUAGUAUCGCCAUUUAAGCAGGGUUCGAAGGCUGCCAUACGGCGCAAGGCUGAAAGACACUACAAGAGAGCCGAAAAAUUUAUGGCUAGUCCAUUCCUAUCUGGUCCUGGUGUGUGAGGUAUCUUGAUACCUCACACACCAAGUAGUCCUCCUGGAUAGAUAGUAGUCCUCCUAGAUAGAUAAUCUAUCCUGAGAAGUGACGGUGCCCUCGAUUUGCUGGACUGGAGAAUAAGAAAGCAAUUCACUCAAGCAUAGAUAGUGACUGACUAGCGUUAAGAAUUGCGUAGCGGACGCUGGUGUCGGGAGUGCGCAGAAGAAUGCUGCAAAGGAGCUCCUGGGCGAAGUGAAGGAAUGGAUAAACGACUACAUAUUGGCAGGCUCCUCAACUUCUAAAGUUAAGGCUACCUACCACCUGUCUAACCCAUCCUCAUUAUAGGGAUCUUCGAUCCCUCAGUCGACCGCAUGUUGCGAGGCGCAUUAAUAUUAUUGGGGGAUCCUUCCCCACAGGGAUGGACUAGUAGGGGUAGCGCUAAUACAUGCCAUAGAGGUGUGUUACCAGGUCAAGAAGAGGAUGCCUUGAAGGAGCUGGAGGCAGAGGUCGAUACGGUCUGUAUGAGUAGUCAAGCUUCGGCGGGAAAGCACAGCGAUGCGAACAAGCAACUAGCGUUGCUCUCUCUAGCCACCACGAUUUCGUCGUCGGCGGAUCGGAGUUUGCAGUUAUGUGGUCGAAAGUCACACUAAUUUAUAUGUUAUAAUUGCAAAUGUUGCACAUGCAGAUGCGUCUGGAGGACGACUAUUCAUAGAUUUUUAAUGCUAAAAAGAACGACAACAAGAAUAAACUUGAUAUCAUAUCACGGUCUAACCGGAAAUAGGUGGUCUCAUCUUUUUCUAAUCCCCACGCCCAUCCCCCCAGCAGACGACACGUUAACCAGAGGUGGGGAGCCGUCUUUUCUGCCGACACCGGUUGGUUCCGGCACACAGGACUGUAAGACGUCCUACUGUCGUGGCGCAGAGGACCAGCAAAUGCUCAGAGAUCUGAAAACCCGUGAGGACUGGUUAGCAAUGAAUACGAACUACGGUGCAGGAUGUGAGUGCCCAGACGGCACACGAUAUUGGAUUCGUGCGCAGUCUCAGGAUCAGGCAGCCUGUACCGACACGGCGUAUUUUAGGGAAAGGUACAACUUUUUUCCGAUUUUUUGCAGAAUCUAUCAUCACUCUGGUUGGUGGAGAUCGAGAUUCUGAUCAUGGAUUACUUUGCUUUGAACCACUGGUAACUUACUGUACCUUAACCUUAUCCACUCAUUAACUUUGAGUGACAACUGCCCUAUUCACUCAUCGACAUUGACCCACGACUAGGUGCACAAAUGGACGUGUCAUAGUACCAGUGGAUGCGACACCUGGCGGCGGUAUCUGCGACAAGCUGUACGGACAACGAAACGACCAAGAUGUGGAUCUCUUCGUCAUGGCCGUCCAGUGUUCUGCCAACACGCUACCCGUUUCUGUCAGCGCUGACUCGGCUUCAGCUUUAAGGAUGGAUGGUUGCUGUUUUAGCAUGAGUCUCGUGCAGUACUAAAGAGACCUUACAUGUAUAAUUUUGGAAGAGUCAUUACGCACAAGCUAAUACAAAAAGUUAUGCAUGUCCCAGAGUAGUUUAUAGCACGCAUGGUGCAUGGAGUAGCAUGGAGUGCAUGGAGCGCAGAGCUUUAUGGGGCGCAAGAAGCUCCCCCUUUAGCUCCAUGCUACUCCAUGUGAUCCAUGCACCCCAUGCCAUGCGAGCUGUGAAACCUUAUAAAUUGCUCUGAUUUGUCCUAUUAACAGGAUCUUCAAAGAUCAGGCCCACAAUAACCCACUACUACCUCAUCUGACUUACGACAAAACAAGCUCUAACAACAGCCUCAUUCGCCAGCAGUCCUUCAUCACCUGGAACACUCCAGAAACGCCUAGUGAACAACGUGUAUCGACAGAACGUUUUCGCAGAGAAGGUAGGGGCUCAUCCACUCUAUCCAGACCGAUUCCGGUUUGGUGGCUACUGCCGCUGUCCAAAUGUUACGCCAAAGAGUUGUCUUUUCCAAAUAGGAGGUGAAGCUCACUGGAGUAUAUUGUCGUAUCUAAUCCAUGUUGAAAGAUGACCUAGAACAUUUGUGGAAUCCAUACAUGCAUAGAGUGUGUGAGUAAAAAUCAUGCGAUCAUCUCUAACAACAGUGAGGAGUAUGGCGUGAGCUCUCGUGAUGGCUGCGCCACCCUAGAGUGCGAAAACGGGAUGGUCAUGUCCUGCAAUAGGUGGGAAGACCGGGAUGCCUGGAGUGGUCACGCAGUGGAGUGUGCGGUGUAGUUUGUUGAGAAAAUCGUCGAUAGAAUUUUGCGAUAUUUUGUUAUGCUUAAAAGUCGAGUACGAAUACGAUUUUCAUAUUGUAGCUAGAAUGAAUUAGAGUUCGUAGUUUAUUUUUGUUUUUGUAUUGCGCUGUGUCAAAGUUGAGUCAAAAAAGUCUUAGAUUUUCAAUGUGCAGCAAAUUCCGUAACCAGAUUUAGCAAUAUUCGAUUCUAAUUCUCGUUCGUGUUAGUAAUUGACACUAAAGCAACAUACCACAUCUAGUGAUUAUUGUCUUGCAGAACGACGACGAUGUAGAUGGAAAUUAACUGUCUAACAAGGCGAUCCAACGACAGAAGCAAAUAAUAGCACAUCGAUAUUACAUUUUCAGAUCUCUAUAUACGCCAAAAAUAUCUUUCCCUUUUGCUCUCCUAAGAAGAUUUUUUUAUCGCGCACAAGGAAGCUUAUGCUCGUGUAUAAGGUUAACGUCGGACAGGUUCAAGAGAGGAAGGUCAAAGUCUUUUGUUUUUCGAGUAGAUUACGACAUCUAAUGAGUACGAAAUAUUAACACUUGAGCGUUGUAGCUAAGGAAAUAUCGAAGAAGAACGAGCAACUGGUAAAAUAUAACCACAAUUCAUCAACGCACAUGAAAAAAAAGAAACUCCGUUUAUCUGUUCAACGCCACUCGUCCGCGUGGUGCUCAGGGACUACUACUCAUGAAAAUAUAAAGAUAGAGAAGCAUUGGGUAAGAAAAAUAGAAGUUGUAGGUGAGAGAGAUAUGUAUAGCUGCUAGUAUGAAAGCACAAUCUUCAAAAUGAUCAGUGUCAAAAUAAUGUCAAACAAAAAUGAACAGACAACGCAGGAGGAUACCGCCACUUAUGGUAUGGAGGUAGUGCUACCAAGUAGUAUUUUUCUGAUCAAUGGAGGCGCCGAACGGUCUUCUAGUUGUACUACGUGCCAUACUAUCAACAUACAGACAAGCUGAAGCUGAAGCGCCGGUCUUUAACUUUAUUGAGCACAAAAUAUAUUUUUCAUAGCAAAUCCAUCGUGCAGUCAUCUCGUUUUACGAGCUUCUAACAUGAAAGCAAAUGAUUUUCCAAGAACAAUUCACGAUAUAUAUUGUAGGCAUGGUGGUCUGAUUCUUGUACAGAUU